CAGAAAAGUUAAACACCAAUAUAAAUAUUUCCAUUAUUAAAGUAUAACACAUAUAUAACACAAGCAGCAAAUAGAAAAACCAGAGACACAAACGUAAAAGAAUCUUGAAGUCUGAAGGGGAGGGUCACUAUUUUUGAAGCUUUUGUUAUAUUUCAAGCAGUGUAAAGUUUGAUGCUUUGGUAGAAUACAGAUACUAAGAUUAGUAAGAUAAUUGAAAUAUGGAGACCGGAGGCAAUUCUUUACCCUCAGGUCCUGAUGGAGUGAAGAGGAAAGUUUGCUAUUUUUAUGACCCAGAGGUUGGAAAUUACUAUUAUGGACAGGGCCACCCCAUGAAACCCCACCGAAUUAGAAUGACUCAUGCUCUUCUUGCCCAUUACGGUUUGCUUCAGCAUAUGCAGGUCCUUAAGCCUUUUCCUGCUCGAGAUAGGGAUCUGUGCCGCUUCCAUGCUGAUGAUUAUGUUGCUUUCCUCCGUAGCAUUACCCCUGAAACCCAGCAGGACCAACUCCGGCAGCUCAAACGCUUUAAUGUUGGUGAAGAUUGCCCUGUCUUUGAUGGUCUUUACUCCUUUUGUCAGACUUACGCCGGGGGUUCUGUUGGCGGUGCUGUUAAGUUAAACCAUGGUCUUUGCGACAUUGCUAUCAAUUGGGCUGGUGGCCUCCAUCAUGCUAAGAAGUGUGAAGCUUCUGGCUUUUGCUAUGUCAAUGAUAUUGUCCUGGCUAUCUUGGAGCUUCUUAAACAGCAUGAGCGAGUUCUUUAUGUUGAUAUUGACAUUCACCAUGGUGAUGGCGUAGAAGAGGCGUUUUACACUACUGAUAGGGUAAUGACGGUUUCAUUUCAUAAAUUUGGAGAUUAUUUUCCAGGUACAGGGGAUAUACGUGAUAUUGGAUAUGGGAAAGGGAAAUACUACUCCCUUAAUGUUCCAUUAGAUGAUGGAAUUGAUGAUGAGAGUUAUCAUUUCCUAUUUAAACCAAUUAUUGGAAAAGUAAUGGAAGUAUUUAAGCCCGGUGCUGUGGUUCUUCAAUGCGGUGCUGACUCAUUAUCCGGGGAUAGAUUAGGAUGCUUCAAUCUGUCAAUCAAGGGUCACGCAGAGUGUGUCAAAUUUAUGAGAUCUUUCAAUGUGCCAUUAUUGUUAUUGGGUGGUGGUGGUUAUACCAUUCGCAAUGUUGCUCGCUGCUGGUGCUAUGAGACAGGAGUUGCACUUGGAAUGGAUGUUGAUGACAAGAUGCCACAACAUGAGUAUUAUGAAUACUUUGGUCCAGACUAUACGCUCCACGUCGCUCCUAGUAACAUGGAAAAUAAGAAUUCACAUCCGUUACUUGAUGAAAUACGGUCCAAGCUUCUUGAUUAUCUUUCAAAGCUUCAGCAUGCACCCAGUAUCCAAUUCCAAGAAAGACCCCCGAACACUGAUAUUCCAGAGGCAGAUGAAGAUCAGGAUGAUGGGGAUGAGAGAUGGGACCCCGAUUCUGACAUGGAUGUUGAUGAUGAGCGCAAGCCAUUACCAAGCAGAGUGAAGAGAGAAAUCCUCGAGGCCGAGCCAAAAGAUCUGUGGUUCUGGUAUCUUCAGGAGAGUCAAAAAGGAAUUGCUGACCAUGCUCGAGGCUUUGAGACAACAGCAGACGAGUCCGCAAGUGCAAAGGCUUUAGAUAUCGGUGCGAUGCAAAUUGAUGAACCAAGUGUGAAAGUUGAACAGGAUAACAUGAACAAGACAACUGAUCAAGUGUUUUCCAAGUCAUGAUCCAAAAGUCCAUGUUCAUAAUUGCGUCUGAUCUGCUAAUUAAUGUGUAUGUAGACAUUAUUUAGCUGCUGAUGGAUGAGACUUGAACGCCUGACGAGCAAUACCAGAAUAGUACAAAGGAAAUAGUUCUGUUCUGAAAAUGCAGAUUGUUUAAACAAGUUGUAUGCACAUUUUUGGACGCUUGGAAUGAAGCUAAAAGUAUUGAAUUUUAAGUACCUUA